CGGAAGAAGAAAAUGAAGCUAAUAGCAGAGAUACUAACCGGAACUCUAUUCUACGUGGAAGUGAAAGAAGAUGCCACAGUUGGAGACUUAAAGAGACAGAUCGCAGAUCAAGAAAAUCUCCCGAUCGAUCAACUCAUUCUAUUACUAGACAAUGCUCAACGGCAAAUCUUGCUCGAACAAGUCGAAGUUGGUCUCAAAGAGCAUGGUGUUAAAGAUGGCUCACAUAUCUAUGUUUUUAUUACACCCACUGGAGAAGGUUUACCUGAUGAUGCCUUCUUUGGUCGAUUCGGAUAUACUCAAAUCCCUCCUGAUAAGCGCAGUGUGUGAUA